AUGCGGCAAAUGGACCAGAAGUAUGAUCUCUCCAAGUGUCACGCGUACAAUGAGAAAAGUUCGUUCGCGUUUUGGAUCGUACUGGUGCUGCUGUUCUGCUUGGCGUUGGGCAAUCUUUGCCUAACCCUAUCCAUAACGGCCAUUUUACGGAUCUAUCGGGGUAUGGAAAACAUCGAGCUGAUCCAGGAUGCGGACGCGAUCAAACUCUACGGCAACAUCGAUUUCGAUCGUGUGUACAAGCAGGACGGUCUGCUGGAGAGUUUUUACGAGGAGCCGCUGGAAAUCACCGGGGACGACGGUGACGUUUCGAUCAACCUGGUCAAUCGAAAUGGACAUUCGCAUAACAAAGUUCAGCUCACGAAGGCGGGCAGCUUUCUGAAGGGCAUUAAUCAUUUCGAUGUGAAGGAUCCGAUCACGGGCAAGCAGGUGUUUGGGACUUCGCGGCCACACUACAACAUGCCACAGGGAGCCAUGGUGCUGCAGGCCCAUCUCAUCAACAGUGGUCGCAUUGCGUCACCCAUCAACGACACACUAAAGCUGCAGACACGGAACCGACUCACGCUGAAGGGCACCGAGGGCAUCCGGAUGGAGGCCAAAGAGUUGCUGUGGUCGGCGGAUCAGAACAUCUUCCUGAAGUCGGACAACGGAAGCACCAUGCUGAUGGGCGGAAACGGUGUGUGGGUGAACGUGAACAAUUUACCCGUGGUAAAGAGUGACCACGGUACACGAACGGGAUCGUCUAGCCAGUACAAGCUGUGUGUUUGCUAUCCGCAGGGACGCAUUUUUCGUAUGGCAGUGCCAAAGUCGCACAAUACGCGUGUUAACUGUGCUCAUUUCAGCGCCAAGGAGAAUCCCUGUGCGUAA